GCUAUCAGCUGUUCUGCAAAAGCCAAGAAUAAAGUCAAGUUGCUUCUGUGUUCUUCUGAUAUAUUACCAAUGAGUACCACAGCAGCUCUGUCUCAUAGCUCUCCAGCCUGGAGUUAUUCUCCUCUCUCCCUCUCUUCUCUGUCUCCAGACAAUCAAAAAGUACCUGGGUCUCCUCAAAACUCUCCUUUACAUUCAACGUCUAUCAUUGGACUACGACCAUCACCAAUAUUGUUCAAUGCCCCAGGGGGCUCUCAGGCAUGUGAUGCUAGGGUACCUGAAGUAGCAUCAUCUUUACUAAGACGCGUCCUUGAUGUACCACAGAAAAGAGGACUGCCUUCGCCUACUCCUUCACCAAUAAUGAAUAAGAAGUCCUGCCGGGUUCCUGGUUGUACCACACCCACCACACCAUCCACAUUAGAGCAAGUGGUCCCUACCAGUAAAUACAGUAAUGUUAGAGUCACUGGACUCAAACCCUCCCCUAGACCUGGCUCCUCCUCCUCCUCUCCCUCCCUCUCUCCUCGUAGCUUGACUGUAAGUACUAGGACAAGGUGUGGCAAGGUCAAGGUUUUCAACCUAUUUGAGGACAACGAGAUAUUUGCAACAAGAGAAGAAUGAACAAGUACUAUCUAUGAAUAGAGAGGGCCACAAUGCAUGUUCACAAAGACACAAAUCACUCACACAAUGUAAACUAACAGUUCCUGUCUAUAGCCACUGGUUGACUGGCAGGACCAUAAUAUGAAUCAUAUGUUAUACCUUAAUAUCAUAAUAAUACAAUGUGAUAUUUACUUAUUUGAUUUUAUCAUUGUUCUGUUGAUAUUAAACUAA